AUGCAGUCCUUUCGAGAAAGGUGUGGUUUCCAUGGCAACCAGCAGAGCUACCAGCCGACUUCACAAGAUACAUCACGCCUGGAGAAUUACAGGCAUCAAAGUCAGGCAGGGCCGAACUGCGAGCGGCAGAGGCUGGUGGCGAAGGAGUACUACAGUCAGCAGCAACUGCCGUACUCGGGCUACGAGAACAGCGCCGUGGAGAAAUACCACCGGGGAAACAAGCAAUUAGCCGGGCAGCAGCUGCAAGGCAGGCCGGCCUUUUCCAAUUACGCCGUGCAGGAGAACAGCCCCUACCCGGCCCGUUUCGGGGACGAGAGCCUGCAGGCGUGGGGCGGCCAGCCGCAGGCGCUGCCCGGCGGCGUGGCCAAGUAUGAGGACAGCCUGAUGAAGAAGACGGCGGCGUUGGCGGGUGGGCGGCCGUACCACGAGCCGGCGGCCACCUCGCUGCCCUUCCGGACUCACUUUCAGCAGCAGCAGCAGCAGCAGCAGCAGCAGCAGCAGCAGCAACAGCAGCAGCAGCAGCAGCAGCCGCCCGCGCUCCCCUACCCCAAGCUGCAGCGGCAGAAGCUGCCGAACGACGUCUCCUCGCCCAUGCCCUUCUCACAGAGCCCCCACUUCGGGCAGCACUCGCAGUCCUUCCCCGCCUCCUCCACUUACUCCUCGGUGCGGGGCAGCCAGCCGGCACACUCCUACAAGAGCUGCACGGCGCCCUCGGGGCAGCCGCCGCUGGAGCGGCCCCUGGGCAGCGCCGCCAGCCUGGCCCCCGGCCCUCGCGUGCCCAACCUGCACGGCUAUCAGCCCAACCGCAUCGGCUACGAGCAGCCCCCGCAGCCACCGCCGCAGCCCCCGCAGCCGCCGCAGCCCCCACAGCCGCCGCAGCCCCCGCAGCCGCCGCAGCCCUUGCAGGGGCGGCAUCACACCCCGGAGACCCUCCACUACCAAAACCUGGCCAAGUACCAACAUUACAACCAGCCAGGCCAAACCUACUGCCAGGGCGACGCACCACCAGUCCGGACGCCGGAGCAGUACUACCAGACGUUCAGCCCCAGCGCCAGCCACUCGCCAGCUCGCUCCGUCGGCAGGUCCCCGUCCUACAGCUCCACUCCCUCCCCGCUGAUGCCCAACCUGGAGAACUUCCAGUACAGCCAGCAGCCGCUGAGCGCCGGCGCCUUCCCGGCCGGCAUCGCCGACCACAGCCAUUUCAUGCCGCUGCUGAACCCUUCUCCCACUGAUGGGACGAGCCCCGACGCUCAAUCUGGGAACUGCAAAAACUUGCAGAAGGAGAAGCUGCCCGAAAACCUGCUGUCGGACCUGAGCCUGCAGAGCCUGACGGCGCUCACCUCCCAGGUGGAGAACAUCUCCAACACCGUCCAGCAGCUGCUGCUCUCCAAAGCGGCCGUGCCCCAGAAAAAGGGCAUCAAGACCCCGGCAAGGACCCCCGAGCAGCUCAAGGGGCAGCACUGCAGCCCUGAGAGCAGCACCUACUCAGCAGAGCAGGUGGGGACCCCCCUGUCCGACCCGCUGAGCACCCCCCAGUCCGUCCACACCGAGACGCAGGACGCCGACUAUCUCAGCGGGUCGGAGGACCAGCUGGAGAGGAGUUUCCUCUAUUGCAACCAGAACCGCAGCCCUGCCCGCGUCAACAGCAACUCCAAGGCAAAGCCCGAGUCGGUGUCCACCUGCUCCGUGACCUCCCCGGACGACAUGUCCACCAAAUCGGAUGACUCCUUCCAGAGCAUCCACGCCAGCCUGCCCCUGGAGACCUUCACCAAGUAUGUGACCAAUGAACGGGACUGUCCCCGGCUGCUCCUCAGCGCCCUGUCCCAGGAGGAGCUGGCUUCCGAGAUCAUCGUCCUGCAGGACGCCAUCAGCGAGAAGGCAGACAAAGCCUGGGCCAACUCGCCCAUGCUGAGCAAGGAGGCCACCAAGUCCCCCUUCCAGCUGGAGAACCACCGUCCCUGCCUGGACUCCAUGGUGAAGGGCGCCUGGCCCAGCCAGGGUGACUCCAGCACGCUCACCGAGCCCCUCAAGCUGGACAAGGCUUCGGGGGCCAGUGCAGGGAAAGACUUCGGCGAGGAGGUGUAUGAGGGUCCCCAGGUGGAGUUCGCGGCCGCCGAGACCAAGGACGCGCUGAAGGACACUGCCCCGCUGGCCUUCAACUCCAAGCCCAGCAUCCCUGCGGCGACAUCGAGCGCGGGAGCUGCCGGCUACAGCUGCUACUCGAACACCACCGCCAAUUCGGUGGGGUCCGAGAACGCCAUGGAGCACUUCGAGUGGCCGGAGGAGAGCCUGGGCGAGGCGUGCCUGCGGUGGAAGGAGCUGCAAGCCACCGACCUCCCCAAGGGCUUGUUCCCCACCAAAUUGGUGGGCUCCUGCAAGGAGAAAAAAAAUGCCUGUGGCUUGGAUCUGUGCGACGGCGAGCAGCCGGCCAAGAGUGAGCCGGCCCGGGACUUCGGCCAGCAGGCGAUGGAGGAGGAGGAGGAGGAGGAGACGCUGACCUACGACGAAGCGGCAAAGGCAGACAGCGAGAGGUGGCUGCAGGACACCCGGCACUGCUGCUCGGCCGGGGACUUUAGUGAGAUCCCCAUCAUCUCCUCGCCGGAGCUGAAGGAGUCGGACCUGGAGGUGGAGGAGUACUCCUCGCUCUGCGAGCUGGCCGGCUCAGAGCAGAAGUCGGUGACGUACGACGCCUCACCUCCCAAGCCUCCAGAGAUGCCCGCCGUGCUCUCCUCCAGCGAGGUGCCCGUGUCCGCCGAAGAGACCGUCAGCACGGUGGAGAAGGAGAGCUCAGCUCCCACCGCACGCCUCUCCGGCCAGUCCGUCAUCCUGCUGGGCCCCGCCGUGGGCACGGAGACCAAAGUGAAGAGCUGGUUCAAGUCCUCCCUGCCCCACAUCCAGCCUGAGGAGGAGAGCGGCGGAGGGGAGACGUCCCACCCAGAGGCAGCCAAUGCUGAAUCCGCCCCAUCGGUCACGGUGAAGCAGCAACUCACCCCCGAAACCGCGCUGGGGAAGACGGAGCCCAUCUCGCGGGGCAAGAGCCUCCGCAACAAGAGGGUCCACUGCCGGCUGCCAGAGGGGGACGGCCCCGGCAGCACCGUGCCGAGCCCCUUCGAUGACCUGCCGGCAGCUGGCGGCAUAGCCAGCGCCUGCCUCGGGCCAGACGGCCAGGUGGAGAUACCAAGCAAGAACGCUCACAGCCAAACACCCCGGUUUCCAGCCGAGGGUCUGCCAGCGCGUAUGUGCACCCGCUCCUUCACCGCCCUCGCUGAGCCCCGCGCCCCGGCCCCGCUGGAGGGGCUGAAGGCCCCCAUGCACCAAGAGAAGUUGGGGAAGAAGCCCGCCUGCGGCGUGAAGCAGCGGGUGGCUUUCAAAGCCAGGAAGCGCAGCAGCCGGCCGGCCCCCAAGGUGGUCCAAAACACCAGCGACGCCACCCUCCUGGUGCCCGGCUUGGUGGCGGCGGAGGAGGUGGCGGGACCGACGCCACCGGAGGGGGACACGGUGGAGGCGGGGGAGAGGGACCAGCGGUCAAUGAUCCUGCGCUCCCGGACGAAGACGCAGGAGGUUUUCUACACCAAGAGGCGGCGGGGCAAGCGGGCGGCCGACGUCCGGCUGAAGAACUGCAAGGCGCCCAAGAAGCUCAUCUCCAACAACCACCUCCCGCCCGCCUUCAAGCUGGUGGCCCCCGGCAGCCCCCACAAGGAGGGCAAGGUGGGCGCGCGGAUGAAGCUGCCCAAAGCAGGGCCAGGCGUGGGGGGCAAGAUGUCCGAGCGGCCCCUGCACUCACUGAAGAGGAAGUCCACCUUCAUCUCCCCCAUCCCCGCCAAGAAGAGGAACCUGGUCCUGCGGAGCAACAGCGGCGGCGUGAAGGAGGAGAAGCCGGAGGCCCCCCCCAGCCUCUUCAAGAAGAUGCCCGUGGCCAAGAAGGUGAAAGCCAAGCUACCCCCGAAGAGCUCCGGUGAAGCCAUCCCAAAGCCCCCACCAAAGGAGGCCCCCGACGUCUGCAUCAAGAUCACCUCCCGGGCGGCCUUCCAGGAGGCCACCAAGACCAAAGUGCUGCCUCCCCGCAAGGGCCGCGGCCUCAAGCUGGAGGCCAUCGUCCAGAAGAUCACCUCGCCCAACCUGAAGAAGUUCGCCUGCAAGCCGGCGGCCACGGCGGCAGCGGCCACGGCAGCAGCCUACGGCACCUCCCUGAGCCCAGCAGGGGCGGAGAGGGAGCGGGCGGUGAAGCACAGUGGGAUGGCCCCGGCGGCAGUCGAUGCACGGCUGCCCAAGCUGGCGGCGGCGCAGAAGGUGCCUGCCGUGCCGGUGGCCGAGCAGCUCUGCCGAAACCCCAACGGCCGAGCACUGAAGGGGAAGCUGGGCGGCGGGAAGAAGCUCUCUGCCGACGGCUGCCAGGGCGAGGCCUGUGUGCCAGCCCCAGGGGCCCAGCCCAGCUCCACCAUGGCGGCCAAGAGCCUGGGGCUCCUGCCCAAGAAGAGGAACCGCAAGGGCAAAGCGGCGGCGCUGGGCAUGGCCAAGGUGCCCCUGGGCCCCGCGCUGCCGCCGUUGCCCCGGGAGCGUGCGGCCGGCCCGGGCGGCGGGGAGGAGGUGCCACGGGAGGGCAAGAAACCAAAGAGCGAGGAGAAGGAGGUGGGGGGCAGUGAUGGUCCCCCCGAGGGACGCCCCACUGCCGGGCUGCCGCGGGGGCCGAAGCCGCGGGCCAACCACUCCAACUACAACGGCUACUCCAAGCGGCAGCGGAAGCGUCUGGCCCACGGCAAGGCCAAGGCGGUGCCGGCGCGGUGCAAGAGCCGUGGCAAGCGGCGGCGGCAGGCGCAGCAGGCCCCACUGCUGCACCCCGCCGAGCCCGAGAUCCGGCUGAAGUACAUCUCCUGCAAGCGGCUGCGGGCGGACAGCCGGGCCCCCCCCUUCGCUCCCUACGUCCGCGUGGAACGGCGCGGUGAGUUCACCACCACCUGCACCGUCAUCAACUCGCCCGGUGAGGAGGCCCGGCUGCAACGGGGACCAGCUGGGCCGGCACCGCGACCACGGGCAGCCCUGCCCGCCUCCUCCACCAUGCACAUGGGGCCGGUGGUGUCGAAGGCACUGAGCGCCGCCUGCCUGGUCUGCUGCCUGUGCCGCAACCCUGCCAACUACAAGGACCUGGGGGACCUCUGCGGGCCCUACUACCCCGAGGACUGUCUGCCCAAGAAGAAGUCGCGGCUGAAGGAGAAGGCGCGGGCAGAGGGGCCAGGCGAGGACGCCAUCCCGCCCGCUGCAGCCGAGCGGGCGCCCCGAGGGACGGAGGGCGGCUGCGGUGCCGGCGGCGGCAAGGCGGCACGGCCGGAGGGUGCCGCUGAGGCGGCCAAGCAGAGCGUGCUGCGUUCCAGCCCGCGGGGCAUGUUUCGUAGGCUGCAGAGCUGCUACUGCUGUGACGAGAGGACAGAGGGCGAGGAGGCGGCCGAAAAGCCCCGGCGGCAUGAAUGUCACAAGGCCGAGUCCCCGCCGCAGGAGCCGGCGGGCGACACGCAGGAGCACUGGCUGCACGAGGCCUGUGCCGUAUGGACCGCUGGGGUUUUCCUGGUGGCGGGGAAGCUCUACGGGCUGCAGGAAGCCGUCAAGGCGGCUGCCGACCUGAAGUGCUCGAGCUGCCAGCAAGCGGGAGCCACCGUGGGCUGCUGCCAGAAGGGGUGUCCCCACACCUACCACUACGCGUGUGCCGUCGACACAGGUUGCUUAUUAACCGAAGAGAGCUUCUCUCUGAAAUGUCCCAAACAUAAGAGGCAGCCGGUGUAGCGCCCCGCGGGCACCCGCCCCGCCGCCGCCGCCGCCGCCAGCGAGGGACCGGCGGAGGAGGCAGCGCCCCGGGAACGGAGCGGGGCCGGGCCGGGCCGUACCGGGAGCCGCCCCGCUGCAGGUGGGCGCAGCGCUGCACCCCCCGUCCGUGUGUCC